AUGCUCGGCAAGGUUGCUCUUGAGGAAGCUUUCGCUCUCCCCCGUCACAAGGAGCGAACACGAUGGUGGGCAGGUCUCUUUGCCAUCGACCCUGAUAAGCACGCUGCCGAGAUCAACGAUAUCACAGACCAGCGCAUCAAGUACAUGAACGAGCAUGGUGUUGGCUACACAAUCCUUUCAUACACUGCACCUGGUGUGCAAGAUGUCUGGGAUCCCAAGGAGGCUCAGGCUCUAGCUGUUGAGGUUAACGAUUAUAUCGCCGAUGCUAUCAAGGCUCACCCUGAUCGUCUCGGUGCUUUUGCCUUCAGCACUCUCUCUAUGCACGACCCCAAGGAAGCUGCUGAGGAGCUCCGAAGAGUUGUUACCAAGUAUGGCUUCAAGGGUGCUCUUGUCAACGACACUCAACGAGCUGGUGCUGAUGGAGAUGACAUGGUCUUCUACGACGGCCCUGAGUGGGAUGUCUUCUGGUCAACAGUCACAGACUUGGACGUUCCCUUCUACCUCCACCCCCGCAACCCCACAGGCUCCAUCCACGAGAAGCUCUGGGCCAAGCGCAGCUGGCUCAUUGGUCCUCCCCUGAGCUUUGCCCAGGGUGUCAGUCUUCACGCCUUGGGUAUGGUCACCAACGGUGUCUUUGACAGACAUCCCAAGCUCCAGAUUGUUCUCGGUCAUCUCGGCGAGCAUAUUCCUUUCGAUAUGUGGCGAAUCAACCAUUGGUUCGAGGAUAUCAAGAAGCCUCUUGGUCUGUCUUGCAAGUUGACGAUCCGAGAAUACUUUGCCCGCAACUUGUGGAUCACCACCAGUGGACACUUCUCUACAUCAACACUGCAGUUCUGCCUGGGAGAGGUUGGAGCUGAUCGCAUUCUGUUCUCUAUCGAUUAUCCUUUCGAGAACUUUUCAGAUGCCUGCACGUGGUAUGAUGGUCUGGCUAUUAAUGAUGUUGAUAAGCGAAAGAUUGGAAAGGAUAACGCUAAGAAGUUGUUUAAGCUUCCUCAGUUCUACCAGAGCGAGGACUAA